UUGUGAGCUGGUAUGUGUGUCCCAGUUCCAGAACAUAUGCUAACAUAAAGAAAUCAGUGUGCAUAACGGUUUUGUGCAACAGGAAACAAACAGGAAAUGCUACAAUACGUGCACCAAUGCAUCUCAGCGCAAAUUUAGUUUCAAAAAUGCUUCUCCAAAGAUUGCUUUUGAGGCGUUCACAAACCACCAUCCGAUUUUUUUACUGUGAGAAGCUCCUCCUUUGUGCAAUGUAUUAUGGAAAAAAGUCUUAAGUAUGCAUACAGAGUUUUUUGAAUAUAUGUUGCCACUUUUCACUGAAAUUUAAGCUGCAAUUUAGUUAGUGAUUUCAUUAUCAAUUAACCAAUCAUUUUCUUGAUUAAUCACUUGUUGAAAAAAGUGUGAAAAUAGUGAAAAAUCUGAAUUUCCCAAAGCCCCGGGUGACACAACGCCAAAAAUAAAACCCUAAAACCCCAAAAUAUUGCGUUUGCCACCAUAAAAGAUGAUUAAAAACCAGCAAGCUGCCAUUCAAGUGUGGAACUGGGACACAACUAGUUUGUCUGAGGCUUGAAAAAGAGCCACACCUGGUUCCAGUUUCUGUGAUUGCUGCUGUGUGACACUCAGACUGUAGCCUUGUGUGAGACCAGUUCCAGACAAAAGCAUUCAAUGGCUCAACGUGAUGGCAGAGAUGAGAACAGCAUGUGUUCGAGCAGUAGCAUUAUGUCUAAUCUACAGUCCUCCUUUGCAAAUAAUCAUCCAGUAAAUCAUUUGUUAUCAAAAAUACAAUCCAUGAGGACACGAGAGCAGCUUUCUUCAGGGUUUUCUCUGGAAACCAACAGUUUGCAGGACACUGGAGGCCUUGACGAGAGCAGUGACUCCCUGAACCAGCUGGAGGAUGGCAGUCCUCCCACAGACAUGUCUUCAGCUCUCAGGUCGGUGGUCUUAAUGUGCAUGUUGGAUUUGAAAAAAAUGCACUCAUCUAUGCCCAAGCUGUUCUCAGCACCUCAACUUGAGAAGGAAAAACCAACUUGGUCUCCAUUAGAUGAUCACAAUGAAAACACAGAAGGGGCAGCAGAUCCAGCUGAGGAGGAAGUGCUGAGUGUAUCAUUCCAGUCAAAGUACAUUGACUUUUUCCCGUUGUAUCAGGACUACUGCCUGCAGGCAGUGAAAGAUGAUCUGCACAGACUGAACAAGAGUUACGUGUCUGAACUGAUAACGCCGCAGUAUGUGCAGGGUCUGCACUCACGUCUCAGCCCUCGCUGCCACUCUGUGGCUGCAUCUCCUCUGUUAAACCACCCUGAAGCAGCGCCACCCUCACCUCUACCUCACCCAGUCAGGGUGACUCCAUGUACCCUUUGGCAAGAGCUAGAUGAGGUGAAGGCGUCUGGCCUGCUGAGCAGCUUGACAACCAGAGAGAUUCGCCUUCAGGAGGCAAUGUUUGAGUUGAUCGGCUCUGAAGCGUCUUACCUAAGGAGCCUCGGAGUCGCCGUCAAUCAUUUCUAUGCGUCGAAGGCAGUGAAACAGACCCUGUCUCAGAUGGAGCAUCACGUUUUGUUCUCCAACAUUCGUCGCGUGAUGGCAGCCAGCGAAAAGUUUCUUAUGGAUCUGGAAACUCGACUGGGAGAGAGCGUGUUAAUAUCUCAGGUUGGAGACAUUGUGCUUCAGCACUGCCCAGAGUUUCACAGGCUCUACGUGCCAUAUGUGACAAACAUGAUGUACCAAGAGGCCCUCGUCAGCCAGCUGCUGCAGCAGAACCGAGACUUUCUGUAUUCGAUCAGGAAGCUUGAAAGUGACCCAGUGUGUCAAAGACAGAGCCUCAAGUCAUUCCUUGUCCUUCCCUUCCAGAGAAUCACUCGCAUUAAACUCGUCCUCGAGAGCAUCCUGAAACUGUCUGACCCAGGCUCUGACUCAGUGUUAAAUCUGGAAAAAGCAAUCGAAGCCAUUCAUGAGAUAGUGACAGAGUGUGACAGGGGAGUCCGAAAAAUGAAACAAAUUGAGGAGCUGGUCUGCCUGGAAAUGCUGCUGGAUUUUGGCAACGUUAAGUCAGUUCCUGUGGUCGUCAGUGGGCGUUUUCUGGUGCACCAGGGUCCUGUGAGACAGCUGACUGUGGAGGCUGCUUACAACUCAAGACUAUCCUUCAUCAGCGUCUACCUCCACCUCUUCAACGACCUGUUGAUCAUCUCCUCGAAGAAGGAUCAGAGGUUCACGGUCGUGGAUCAUGCUGAAUUUCCCACACAUGUGCACCCUGAGCAUCUGAAGACUGAGGCCCUGGGGCUCCCCCCAGACUCCUUCGUGUUACAUCUGUCUAAAAGUCAAAACGGACAACCGACCGCCAUGAUACUUGUCACACAUACAAGGUCAGAUAAAGAGGUGUGGAUGAAGGCGCUGUCAGCUAAACAGUGAUGGAAACGUGAUUAUGCUUUUUGAUUUUAUGCAUCAAACGUGGGUCAUUUUAACUUGCACAUUACUAUUAUAUACAUUUUUAAGAUUAAUUAAAAUUUAAGUUAACUGCACUUCAUAAUGUUCUUGACAGAGGCACUUUAGAGCAUCAUACGACACGACAUGAAACAUUCAAACAUGCACUGAAUUUGUCACAAUUAACAGGAUGCACAGGGGGUGUAAGAGGGUGAUUUUAAUUACUGGGAAUGUUUUGUUGACUUGUAUUAAAAUACUGGCUGCUUUUUAAGCAUUGUCAUGUCUUUAUUU